UCAAGUGUAAGAUGCUGUCUCAGAUCUCUCAUUCUCUAGAAAAUUGUUUGCUUUUGUCUUUUAUUUAUUUUUCGUUAAAGCCCUUUCAUUACCCCCCAUGUGAUAUCCUUCAUUCGAUUCCCAUUCUCCUUUAUGUAAAAAGCCUGUCCUCGAUUCCUCUCCUUCCCUUCCUUUGCUUUUCUCUUUUCUGAGUGAUUUUCCUUUCAUUUUUUCUCCUUUAUUAAUUUUGAAGAUCUAGUGUUAGAUAUUUUGUGCCUGAAAAACCUUUGUUUUUAAUCUCUUCUUCCUUUUGCUGUUGUUUCCAUUGUCUUCACCAAAUUCUCAGUCUGUUUUUACGUUAUUCGUUUGUAAUUGCCGUGGCCGUUUGUUUUUACACCUUUUUUUUUUAGUGAUAGAUCUUUGCUCUGCUAGGGUUUUAUUUCUGCUCCCGGUUUUUACUUCAAAAGUAUUCAGAUAUUAUACUCUAAUUAGGGCUUUUUUGGGCUUUUUUUGGUUUCCUGAAAUGGAAAAAGAUAAAACUCCGGGCUUACCGCCACCGUCGGGUCGGUUUUCGGGAUUUUCAUCUGGCGGAAACGCUCCAAACACUUUCAAUGUGAAAUCGGAAACGGGUAGUUUCGGUCAAACUUCGGAACCGAAUCGUUUUAGUCACGAUGUUAGCAAAAUGCCUGAUAAUCCACCAAAGAAUUUGGGUCACCGCCGUGCCCAUUCCGAAAUCCUUACUCUUCCUGAUGAUAUUAGCUUCGAUAGUGAUCUCGGCGUCGUGGGGGCAGCCGAUGGGCCUUCGUACUCGGACGAAACAGAGGAGGAUUUAUUGUCUAUGUAUCUUGAUAUGGAUAAGUUCAAUUCUUCUUCUGCCACCUCAGCAUUCCAGGUUGGGGAGUCGUCGGUGGCUGCUCCAGCUGCUGCUCCGGUGCCUGCGGUGGGUGUGGGAGUAGGGACGGGGAUGUUGGCUGGGGAAAAUGUGAGUGUAGGUGUUGGGUCUUCAGAGAAGCCUAGAGUUAGGCACCAACAUAGCCAGUCGAUGGAUGGGUCGACGAGUAUUAAACCAGAAAUGCUUAUGUCUGGUUCAGAAGAGGUUUCACCUGCUGAUUCUAAGAAAGCUAUUUCCGCUGCUAAGCUUGCUGAGCUUGCUCUUAUUGAUCCCAAGCGCGCUAAGAGGAUCUGGGCGAAUAGGCAGUCUGCUGCAAGGUCAAAGGAAAGAAAGAUGCGAUAUAUAGCUGAGCUUGAACGGAAAGUACAGACGCUGCAGACAGAAGCAACAUCACUCUCUGCCCAACUGACUCUAUUACAGAGAGACACCAAUGGUCUGACCGCUGAAAAUAGUGAAUUGAAACUGCGCUUGCAAACUAUGGAACAACAGGUUCACUUGCAAGAUGCAUUAAAUGAUGCACUGAAAGAGGAAAUCCAGCAUCUGAAGGUGCUGACAGGUCAAUCAAUGCCAAAUGGUGGACCAAUGAUGAACUUUACUUCUUUUGGAGCUAGCCAGCAGUACUACCCAAAUAAUCCUGCUAUGCAUACUCUUCUAACAGCACAGCAGUUCCAGCAACUUCAGAUUAAUUCGCAAAAGCAUCAGCAUCAGUUCCAGCAGCAUCAACUGCAUCAGCUUCAGCAGCAACAACUGCAACAGCAACAGGAGCAACCACAACAGCAAAGUGGGGAGAUUAAAGCUAGAGGAUCCAUGCCUUCCCCCAGCCAGAAAGAUGGUUCACCGGAUGUCAGCUCAACCGCAUCAAAGGAUUGAGGAAGUAGCGGUCAAUAGGGCUAGGGCUAGGUACUGAUGGGGCCUUUGCCAUUGUUCAAAGUUGCGAUCCGUUUGUUAGAUAGGACACAUAUUUCUUUCUUGUUUCAUUUGUUCUUUUACAUCUCCUUAGGGGUUUCUAUAUAGCAUUCUUUUCUAGGUAGUUAUGUUUUAAAUUUAGUCGGAGAUUGACCCUAUGAGAUAUAUAAUAUCAUCCAGUAUAGUUUAAUCUUUUCUGGAA